AUGGCUAUCUCCAAGAUCCACGCACGCUCCGUCUACGACUCUCGCGGUAACCCAACCGUCGAGGUCGACAUCGUUACCGAGACCGGCCUGCACCGCGCCAUCGUUCCAUCCGGUGCUUCCACCGGCUCCCACGAGGCCUGCGAACUCCGUGACGGCGACAAGAGCAAGUGGGGCGGCAAGGGUGUCACCAAGGCUGUCGCCAACGUCAACGAGAAGAUCGCGCCAGAGCUGAUCAAGGCCAACCUGGACGUCAAGGACCAGUCGGCUGUCGACAACUUCCUUAACAAGCUCGAUGGCACCCCAAACAAGACUGAGCUUGGUGCCAAUGCCAUUCUCGGUGUCUCCAUGGCCGUCGCCAAGGCUGCCGCAGCAGAGAAGAAGGUCCCACUCUACGCACACAUCAGCGACCUCGCAGGCACCAAGAAGCCAUUCGUCCUCCCAGUGCCAUUCAUGAACGUGCUCAACGGUGGCUCCCACGCUGGUGGUCGUCUCGCUUUCCAGGAGUUCAUGAUCGUCCCAAGCGAAGCACCAACUUUCUCCGAGGCCAUGCGUCAGGGUUCUGAAGUCUACCAGAAGCUCAAGUCUCUCGCCAAGAAGAAGUACGGCCAAUCUGCCGGAAACGUCGGUGACGAGGGUGGUGUUGCUCCAGACAUCCAGACCGCUGAGGAGGCACUCGAGCUCAUCACACAAUCGAUCGAGGAGGCCGGCUACACCGGAAAGAUCAAGAUCGCCAUGGAUGUUGCAUCCUCCGAGUUCUACAAGUCGGACGAGAAGAAGUACGACCUGGACUUCAAGAACCCAGACAGCGACAAGAGCAAGUGGAUCACAUACGAGCAGCUCGCACAGCAGUACCGCGACCUCGCUAGCAAGUACCCAAUCGUGUCCAUCGAGGACCCAUUCGCCGAGGAUGACUGGGAGGCCUGGAGCUACUUCUACAAGAACAGCGACUUCCAGAUCGUGGGUGAUGACUUGACUGUGACCAACCCAACCUUCAUCAAGAAGGCCAUCGACACCAAGGCUUGCAACGCUCUCCUCCUCAAGGUCAACCAGAUUGGUACCAUCUCCGAGGCCAUCCAGGCUGCCAAGGAUGCUUACGGUGCCGGAUGGGGCCUCAUGGUCUCUCACCGCUCUGGUGAGACUGAGGACGUCACCAUUGCUGAUAUCGCUGUCGGUCUCCGAGCUGGUGAGAUCAAGACUGGUGCUCCAGCACGUAGCGAGCGUCUGGCCAAGCUGAACCAGAUCUUGAGAAUCGAGGAGGAGCUCGGUAAGGAGGCUGUCUACGCCGGUACUCAGUUCCGCAACGCUGUCAACCUUUAA